ACAGUAUGGCAAGUAGCGAUGAUCAAUUGCUGAAAGAGGACGGCUAUCUGAAAGUGGAUGCUGAAUCGCGUUUGAUCACGUACCACCCGUAUUUGAACGUAAUUAUCGUGAUUGGUAGUAACAGUGAGGUGAAGCUUCUGGAUGUCAAUUCCGGUGUCAUAUUACAAAGUUACAGAAUAACGGACAUCAAUUCCGUGCGAUGCCGCUACUUGCCCCAACAGGAUAAGAUACUUAUUUGGAACGGACGCAACAUUUGCAUGCGCGGUGACUAUAAUGGCGUUCUGCUGUUGGACACAAUCCUGCAAGCGCCUGUCACCUCAACCGACGAUCGAGUGCGCUUGGAGCUGUUGCUCACCGAGGCGCAUCUGUUUCUCCAGUGUCUCCAAAACUUGGAAGAGCACGGUCUGGAGAAUAUGAGUGACGUUACGAACGAGCUGAUGCAAAAGAUUGGCGAAGCACAGUCACACUCGAAGCGCGGCAUAAAGGCACAAAAGUGGGAAACGGUGUGCCUGGAGCUGCCACACUCAUCGCUGCGCAUGGUGGCAAGCGGUGUGGUGAUGCAGCUUCGCCGGCUCGACCAGCACAUCCCGGCGAUGGCGAUUGCAUCGGCCAUAAACGAGCGGCUGACCGAUUUGCUUCGGGGUGCGCGGGUGAACGAGUCGGCCAAAUCGGUGCAACGAUUUCAGAUGUACUCGGAGGCAGCACGUCGCCAAACGUUCGAGGCGUGGCCCCACAUGGACUACAAGUGGGUGCUGCCGGAUCAGAUGGCUCAGGCCGGUUUCUACCAUCAGCCGGGCGAGAACGGCAAUAAGGAUCGAGCGAUGUGUUUCACCUGCACCGUGUGUCUCGUGUGCUGGGAGAAAACGGACGAACCGUGGAGCGAGCAUGAACGGCACUCACCGAACUGUCCGUUCGUGAAGGGCGAGUUCACGCAGAAUGUGCCACUGUCCGUAACGUACGCAACGAGUCCAGCCAUCGCUACACCCGGUUUUAGUUUGAUUUCGUCCGGCGAUCGGGGCGUCGUGUUUUGCACCGGCAACCCUUCAGGGGACGUAACGGUGUGGAACAUCGAGCGACAGUUGACCAAGGUGCACGAGUUUCUGGUGAAGCUACAUCCAGACAUACUAACCACGACAUCCAUUAGUCCGACGGCGACGGUCAAUUCACUCGAAUUGAACGCGUUGGCUUCGUACUUUGUCCGAUCGCCGACGGGCAGUGGUGGCACCUUGCAACAGCGCCGUGCCUCACUUUCCCUGAAGCCGAAAAUGCUCGGCACGAAGAUAGUGGCCGGUGUGCGCGUCAAGAGCACGGAAACGAUCGACCGCGAGGACAUGUACGAUGGGUACGAGCAUGAGCCGGAAACGACACUUUUGCUGAUCGUGUACAACAUCGAAGACCCAGCGGUGGAGGAUGCAUCUCCACCGGGAACAUCACCCACACUGAGCGCAAAUCCCGCACAGACCACACAGAUGAUGAUGAAUGCAACUGGCGUUGGUGGUAAUCAAGGCAUCAAGUCGAAUCUGUUUACCAUCAUGGAAAGUACGGAGGAAGAAGCGGUCAAACUGCUGGCGGAACGAACCAACAUGCUGAUGAGUGAAUUACAGCACGCGAAGCAAAAGCUCGUCACACAAAAGUCGACCAAAACGAAGAAGAAACACUACACUACGGAUGUAAGUGAACAUGAUGGUGGCAAAAUCAAAAGUCUGUCAACGGUGGAUUCGGCGGUAGCACCCAUGGCGACAUUACCAUCCACCUCGAUGAACAUAGUGACAGAGGUGUUGGCCACCGGCAUUAGUGAUGGAAGCGUUGGUGGAGGUACAGGGGACGGAGGAGGCGGUGGUGGAGGAGGUGGAGGAGGAGAAGGUGGUGUGGGAGAAAGUACCAGUGCAAUGGAUGCAAUUUUCUGCAUUCCAUUGCAGUACAUCGAGCUGCCACCAAUCAUGAUUGACUCGUGUGCCCAUUACUACAUCUCCGACACAGUUCCAUCGAGUGAUAAUCGGUAUCUGUUGGUGGUGGUCAAAUACGAUAGCGGCAGUACAGAGAAAACGAUCCCUGCAACCACAAAGUCUAGUGCCUCCUUUGCCGAUGUUGCGCCAAAGGAUGAUGAUGAGGAGGAGCAAAAAGUCGAUGGUGAAGAAUCGACCGGUCCUCUUUGGUAUGCCGUACUGCUGCUGUACAUGCUGAACGAGGAUGGUUUGGUGCGUGUGGACGAACCAUUGAUGCUUUGUCUGAACCAGGAGCAGGUCCCUCUUGAGAUAACGAUGCUACCCAAGUGUGAUGGUACCGGGCGACACUUUGGUGGUCCCGAAACCGACCAAGGUAUCUUCGUGAUGACGUGUGCCGAUGGGAAGUUGCGCAUUGUUUCGUUGAAAACGCUCGCCAUAAUCUCGGAAGCAUCCGUAAAGGAUGAUCGGUUCGUUUCGGCAACGUACUGCAAAAGUUUGGAGCGACUGUGCGGUUGCACCGCAAAGGGAUGCCUUCAUUUUUACUCCUUCUACGAUCUGGAUGCUGAUUCAAGCGACGAACGGGACGAAGAGAUCGUUGGGCAGCCGUCACUAACGUCAGCUAUCGAUUCCGACGACAAGGCGUACGGAGGAACGACCGGAGUUGAUGGCGUAACACCGUUGGAUGUUAUCGACAACAGGAACGCCCAGUCAAUCGUGCCACCGGCAGGAAUAUCAAACAAUCAGGGAACUACUUCGCAGCAACAGCAACAGCAGCAAGCACAACACAACCCUGAGGGCGUAGGGCAGGAGUGUUGGUUAGCGUUCCGUCCGGACGUUGGCAGCAACAUGAACAAUCUCAAGCUGCUCCAUACGCUCACGCUGUUCAGUGAGCUACUAACGCCUUAUUCGGCAGAAGUACCUGCUUGCUGGAAUGAGCUGGAGCAAGCUCAAAAACAGCGGCGAAAUCCGCAACAUCUACGGCCCGGGGAUGAUACGCAUCUGACGAAAACAUGGCGCUUACACAAUGAUGCGUCCACCUGGGACGAGCACCUGAUUGAGCUGAACCUGCCCAAAUGUACCUCGCUCGGUCAUAUUGACUUUAAAUUUUCGCUCUAUCAACCGUGCGCUAAUUCACCCGCGAUACAGGUAACUUUGCUAAAGCAGAAAUCGAUGGGUCUGUGCACGCGCCGUAAACCGCAAUCGAUAAAUCGUGUCGACGAGUCGAUUAACUUUAACAUCGGUGCCGGCGAAGGCAAACAUUUUGUUGAGAAUCCGGUACUGAGUGAAGAGUAUCUGCAAGCUAGAAAUGCGGAAAUUGUCGUCGGCCCGAUCGAACUGGCCUCCUGCAUGGACUUGAGCGAACAGGGCGGCUGUGUAACGCUCACGAGUCCAAAGCUGCUAAAAUCCAAGGGUCGAAAUUAUCUGCUGCACAUUAAAACAAUGACAGAUCUGUCGAAGGAUGGGCAAGGUAAAACAAGAGUACCGGUCCGGAAGAAGGGCAUUACGAGCAUUCUGCUGACAUCGUUGUCGAAUAUCUCGUCGGUACAAUCGAAUACACCUACGGGUGGUGGUGGCACUGUGCAAGUCGGUAAGGAUGGUUCGUUGACGAUUUUCUCCGUGCCCUCGCCGGCCGGGUCGUCCGCUGUGACGAUCAAUGCACGAACCAAUGAUUUCUACAUAGGGUGUGAUUGGUUAAAUGAAAUAUCCAUCACGGUACGAGCCACACGGCAGCUGUACAAGGUUGAACACGAACGUGCCCAACGGUUGGCCAUGUUGGACUCCAAUAUGCUGUUGGAGAAUUUGCUAAACCUGCUUCAUCAGCAAUGCAAUGAAACAAAGAAGGAAGCUGAUGGUGGUGGUGGUGGCGAUGGUGAAGAAAAGGGCACCACAUCAUCAGCAACUGGUGCGAAGACGCCGAUGACGACGCUUGGUGAAAAUAUGAUCAUAACGCAACAGAACCUUGCCUUAGACAUUCUCAUAUGGAUUGUUACGAUUCGUAUGAUGCGCUACCGAUAUCCGAAGAACCCGUUCGCUAAGCGCCCUGCUCCGACCGAGGUACGCAACGUCGCAUCCACCGACCUGAACGUGCAGCAAACGGAAUGCGCGCAGAUCAUCGAGAAGCAUCUCGAGCAAACUAUUCGUCACUGCAUUGUGCUAGCCAAUCGAAGCAUCGCGCACAAGUGUGUGAAAUUUAUUUCCCUGGCGCUUGAGGGAGCCCAAAACAUGGUCGACAAGAAUGUGUGUAGCGCGUUCGAGCAAUCGCUCAACGAAGCCAUCAUCAAAUGCUUGCCGGACAUUUUCAAUUCCAACCAUGCGGGCGCAUUGCGUUGGUUCGCGCUGCUCAUAUCGGGCACCACCAUGGCGGAACAUCAUUUGUCCGUAGCGGACCAUUGCAUGAGUCUGCUGAAAUCGGUAGCAGAGGAAUUGCGCAAACGUAACAAUCCGUACGCUGCGUUGCUGCGUACCCGUUUCGGUCUGCACGGUUCACCGUUCGAUUCGGAAGAGUUUGAAGCACCGUCAAUGGAUGGCCGCGUAGCGUUUGGCGGCGGUGCGGUAGGAUAUCCGUUCGGGUGCGGAACGGCAACGAAUGGGCUCAACAUGAAUGGUGCUGGUGGUGUUGCUGGUGGCAAUGGAGGUUGCAAUAAUACGGGCAAAGGUGGCGGUAGCGGUGCUAACGGACCACCGAUAGGUUCGUCCGUACUGACCGGUCCUUCACCGAUCGAUUUGCGGCUAAUGUGCUUUGCGGACGGUGCAGAUCUGAAGUGUUUGUUCGAUCAGCUACGAAGUCGCAGCAUUGGGUCACACUUCCUGGGUUUGCUGGAGGUAGAACCGUUGCAUUAUUCUUGCUGCGCCACGUCCGACGCAACCAGGUUGGAAAAUAUCGAUGGGAAUGGAAACACCACUAGCAGCACCACCGCGACCAGUAGCAGCACUGUGAAUGGGUUCGGUGCUGCUCCGGGAGCCAGUGGAAUGGGCAAUGGAAUCUCGAUAGAGCCCGUUUCCGCUGCAAACAUGAUGGUGGAAAAUGCGGCCGGCGUCGGUGCGUUCACCGUGGAUGUAAAGGUCGACAUUCCAAAUGACACACAAGGAGAUGGGCAAAGUGACACGAUGACCGUUUCAUACCUCGGUUCGGAUCUUUCGCAGCAAACCAAUGCUAGUGCCAAUCAGGGCAAAGGUGUGAUCGGUAGCAGCAGCACCAGCAACAACGUUGGUCCUUCGAACAAAAAGUCAACGAGUCAGCCCAGUGGCCCAGACAAGGAAAACGUUGGCGACGCGUUGAUGAACAAUGUGAAAAACGUGCUGGUUGAUAAGAUUUUCUUUAAGGCACUGCAACAGCACAAGCUAAAAUCGGCUGGAAAUUCGUCUGCCGAAACAGUUGGCUUUCCGACCUACCUGCAACAAGCGCACGCCGAUAGCAGCAGCCACAUUAAACCGCACACAAUCAACAUCGCAGGCGGGGAAGAGAUGGUGAAAUUUUACCCAUACAGCAUUGUGGACGAUGCGACCAGCUGUGCGACGAUGGCUAAUCUUGAGCCGCCACCGUGGAUUGAAAUGGACAUAGACGAUUUGCUACGUGCGUCAAACAAAGUGUCCUUUGUUGCGAACGACGAUGCAGCCAAGCUGGACCAGCAGCAGGGACCGCACGAUUCACUCCUUAAUAACAAGAUUCAGGAAUAUUUUGAUGAGAAAAGCAGCACUGAAGCGGAAAUCGAUCAGUCCACCGGUGGCGGAUUGCCCUGGCACAAGCUACUCGCCAGCCCGCCGAAACAGACGAUCGUGGUUGAGCGGAUGCAUUCGUCAGCCAUACGGUACGUUACGCUCGAUUUCGGUGCACCAAUCAUGCUGACGGAUGUGGUCAUACCGGCCCAUUCGGAUCUUGCCUCGCUCUCGAUCGACGUGUGGUGUUUUGAGGAGGAAGCGGACAGCGUUCGGUUGGUCGUUUCACAGGACAUUCACUCGCGCACGCUCGUGCUGAGCGAUCUGCAGCCGCCGCCCAUCUGCCGGUAUCUAAAAAUCACCAUAACGGGACGUUACGGAAUGACAGCUACACGGUGCCGCAUACCGAUGGGCUCGUUCUACGGUCAUAUUGUUAUUCUUGACCGUGAAGCGUACGCUGAUCCGGUGAUGAAAUUCCUCCACAAGAGGAAGCCGAAUGUGCAGACACAGCUGAAGGUGUUGAAAGGGUUGUACGAAGACGUCCAUUGUCGGUACUGCUUGGCAAGCAGUAAGCUGAUGGAUUUGCUUGUUCCGUACAUGAACAGUGAUGCAUCCAACAUUGCGCACAUGCAAGCAUUCCUAAAUCGCAUGAAAGACACAUCGUUUGGUGGCGGGCUGGGUGCCGAUUUGUACGGCACGUAUGGAACGUACGGAUCGGUUGGCAGUGGUAGUAGUGCUUCAGUCGAGUGUGCUAAAGUGACGGCAGCGUAUGAAGAAUGCAUCGGAUUCCAGCACCAGUUGAACGUCAUUCGUCGUGUGAUCGAUCGAAUCAGACCAUCAAUUGAAGCGAAUCAUCCGCUGCUGGUACAACUUAUGUUGCCAACACAACCCUCACCGCUGAAGUACGGUAGCAGCGAUCUCAGUUCGAUCUACACGGAUAAACUGCGCGUUAUGAGCGAAUGUUUGAUCGAGGUAAUUCUGCAGCUAAUAACGAUGUAUGGCAGCGGCAGUAUGCCCGCACCGGGAAUGGGAAUCGAUCAGCCGAGCCCUGACCAACAGCAGCAGCAGCAGCAGCAGCAGCAUAUGAAUCAAGAAAUGUGCAAUUUGCUGUUCGACACGAUGGUGAUUGCCGGCGAUGCGCAUACACAGCUUGCGACCUGCUCGAUGCUUGUUCGUCUGUGCUGUUUUGAGUCGUGGUGGGGUGAUUUUCUAGCCGACAAGUUCUUGACGCUGUAUUCGUCACAGAAUGAACGCAUUUUCCCGCAGGAUCGCGUGUUCCUAUUGCUUACUUACCUAGGACGACGUAGUAUCGCCAUCGGUCGCAGUCGCACAACGGUUAUUGAUGCUAUUCUGCGCAGUUUGGCAACACUGCUUGCACCAUUGGCUGCGAACAGUGCGACCGGGUUGAGCAUUUGGUGCAGUACGGAUCUAAAUUUACUUGGUUGGAUAUUGCUGUUUUUGUCGGUGUGCCUGGACGACGGUACCGAGGGCAGAAAGGAUCAGAACAACAUGCGCUGGGACUUUAUGUCAGGGGAGACGGACAUGGUAAAGGCACGGAUGAACAUGAACAAUAGCGGUCUGCGUACCCUAACCCGAUCGUUCAAGAAGCGGCUAAUUCAAACCAAACAAUACAGUCAACUUACGGGUACUACAUCAAAGCUAGAAAUGGCACUCAAGCAGCAAGAAAAUCACCUUAAAAAAUUGACCGUCAACAUGAAGCAAAGUCUGGGUGAUUACAUAAACGAAAUUAAUAGUAAAAUGAAGGAGAUUGGCGAAACCGCCAUUGCACCGAUCAGCAAGAGCGAACUAUCACAAGAUGGUAAUGGUAUGGUAUCGUCUUCGUCCAGCGGAAACCACACGACAUCGUCCAUCAGCAGCAGCCUGCCUGUUAAUGUUGUGAAAAGUGGAGGAAAGUUUGUCAAUGUUGUUGCCGGUGAACGUACAAUACGAGAUGCGUCCAACGAGGCGGCGACUAGCAGCCAUACAACCAAGGGCGUUGUGGAUGUGGGCGGUAACGAAGGCGAAACUCCGUUCGACACCGGACUGAAGUCGAUGAAGAUCGACAAAAUUAUUGUCGUGAUUCGUGGCCUAAUAGGGUUGUUGUUGAGCAUGGACUUUACUUGCAACAUGGACCUGUUCCUCAUCACGUGUAAAAUAAUCGCUCGCUUGGUGUUGGCUUGUCGGCCAGCACUGCAGCUUUCGAAGAUCAUUACGACAAACCAAUUGCUGCAGCUGGUUCGGAUUGCGGUCUGGGAAAAUCAACAACAACCAUGGGCAGUGCAUGCAAUAACUUGUCUGCUGCAGGAUGUGCUGGAGGCAGACAAAAGCUUCAAGGAUGCUGAGAGCGAUUCCUCCGAUUCACCGGGCGAAGAAGGAACUGCUGGUGCUUCGGCGGGGCCGGUGACAUCUAAUCCAAACGGAGCAACAUUGCACUCGAUGCGACCACCGGUGGAAGUACCUAAUAAGCAUCAACAGCAACAACAACAUCCAUUGCAAAGCACGGCACAUCACGUUUCUUGUGAUCUUAGUUACGCCGAUGUGGCCAAGAAUCAGCUAUCGUCGGUGGUCGAGUGUGAUGAUUCCGAGAUAGAGGAAAUAUUCAUCAUCAACGACAUAUAUGCGGCUCGUGAGAAACGGUUCUGCAAGCGCGAUAUCGGAUCGCUUGCUUCUUUUGCUAGUAAAUACAGCGUCACGAACAAGACUGUGUCAGCUGCUAUGGAUGCACGGCUGGAGAUGGGACUAGAUACGAAUGUAGAAAUCGUUCUUCGGCGUUUGACAACGCGGUCAGCAUUUAACCUGAUCAGCAGCUUACCGCACGUUUCGAUGAUGUCUGAGCUGAUCGGAGCUAGCACGACAUCGGGCCAACCAUCCGAAACGUCUUCAUCAUCACUAUGGCCCGAAAACAUCAUUGACGUCUGGUCUGGACCGGAAUAUCUGCUAGGGCUUGAGACAAACAGUAUGCUAACGGAAGUGUUUGACAAAAUUCUAUCCGAUUUGCAUCAACUUGAUUCGUGGCUAAAUUUGGAGAAAAUUCUCCAACUAUGGUUAACGCUGAAUGGAGAAACGCUCGAGAAUCUACCGGGCAGCAACGCAACCGGACUAAAUCCAUACUCGUUUCCACGCAUUCCGUUCGGCGAUCGGGCGGUGCGAGGAUUGUUGAAAGCAUUGGCCACUCAUCCAAACAUUAAGCUGCGAGCUUGGUGCCUAGGGUUUCACUGCUUGAAUUUGGCUUGUAAACCGCACUUCGAAGCCGAUUGCAUCGAGUCGAUGUCCACCAGUAGCGACAAUCACUUCCGGCGCAUGGGAAAUUUGAUCGUAAAUGAUGAAAACUUUGAGAAGAUGUUGCUACGGUUUUUCUCUGGUGCAGAUCAGUCGAUGAUUUCAAUGGACGGUAGCAGCAGUCGUUAUGCUGGCCCAACGGUGUGCAAGCUCGUGGUAGAGUUGUUCGUGUGGUUAGAGCUACGGUGCAAUGUGAAGGAUAAGCUGAAGCAGACGCUGUUACGAGUAACAUUGCAUCUGGUACAGUUUGGUGGAGCGAUAGCCAACCAACAGGGUCCGAUCGACGCCCAGAGUCAAAUGAUAAAGGAACUGUUAAAUUUUCCAUACGACAAAAGCGACCUAGGCAUUGCGAUGAGUGUCAUUGAGUGUGUUUCACAUCUAGUGUACAAUAAUGUGGUAAAUGUGGAUAAAUUGUACUGUCAAAAGACGACGGAAUCGGGCAAUUCGAGUAGCAUGCUGGGUGGAGGUAUGCGGUUCAGCAGUCUGUUCGCCACGGUUUUCAAUGCUGAAUCUAACCGUGCCUGUAAAUCCGCGACCGAUAGUUCGCUGUUGGUAGAUUUGCUAAAGCUAGCGUCGAUUCUUGUUAAUACGAAAAAUCCACACACCACCACCACGAACAUUGGCAAUGAGGGAGGAACAUUAGAUGACGCUCAUACCGGUCCAGUAACUAGUGUUGGUGUGGAUAAUUUGAACACCUCGAGUGAAAGUCAAACGGAUGAAAUCAAAGCAGAACAGCAGCAUACCGGAGCUGUUGGCGGUGGUACAAGCGCAGGAAACGCUUCCGGCAAUGGAGGUAACAGCGGACCUAAUGCUACAACAGCAGGCACAAGUGAGUCUCGUCCGAAGGUACCGUGCUUUGCGGACACUGUGCUGCAACACUCACCCACGAUGAAUCGUUUGCUGAGCGCACUUUCGCACUGUAACCAUUCGUCUCUAACAAUGCUGGUAGCGUCAACGGUCAAUUACGGCAGUACAUCGGGGGCCGAAAAUAGCAGUACCAAGACGAUUCGAAACAUGCACCCGUACGAACUCUGUACCGUGGCUGAUGCCGUGUUUCAGCUGCUCCUAUAUCUUAGCCGCACGGCGUCACAGAACGAGCUGGUAGUGAAGCCACUGUUUGAGUACAUUAACAAUGCGUCUAAUGUGCGACAUCCGAUGCCGAAGUUGCACCUUUCCGAGCCAUUCCUGUGGUUCAUCCUGAAGGUACUCGGUACACCCGCAUCGGUUGCCAUCUUUACCGAGCUGGGUGGCAUCCAGGUACUGUGCGAAAGUUUGGUGCGCAGCAACCGGGCACUGAUAAACACACAACCGAGCCUGGUAUCAAUGAUCAUGCAACGACUAUCAAAAUCAUCCGUUGGUUUGCAUGGUGUGAGCAUUGCGGGCAGUGCCGGUGGAAGCGCAGGUAUGGCGGCGGCUGGAAACUGUAGCGGAAGUUCAUCGAAGAAAAGUACCCCAAUCAUAGCGACACCUCGGAACGAAGAGGGCCUAAUUAAUUUCGCUCCCUAUUCCACCAUUACGUCGGACAAUCUGUCGGUGCAGGCCGCUGAUGUGUUAAUACAGGCACCGCUCGCAUCGCACCGUCGGGCUCGAAAUCCGGCCUGGAGUUAUUUGUUCUACCCGAACGAAUCGAACGUUGACCUAACGGUCACACUGCCGACGGCCGUAUUGUUGAAGGAGGUACAGCUGCAACCACAUCUAGCGACACUUGCCUCAUGUCCGUCGGCGGUUGCGAUCGAGGUGACGAGGGACAACAUCCUCGGCCCGCUACCAAUCACACAACCGAUUUCAACUGUCGGUAUGACGUGUAUUCGGUUACGAUUUGCUCAGCCCGAAAUUGCGACGAGCGUGAUCAUUCGCUUGUAUCGUCCACGUGAUGCGCUGAACAUUGGUUUGACACAAAUAUCCAUUCUCGGUACGACCACCUUCGGUGAAAUGAUGCCCCCAACAGCGGGUCCGUCCGGGUACGGUGCCGGGUCGAUGCAAUGUUGGCCCAGUUCUUCCAUUGUAGCGAUUGGUGGUGGAGGAUCAGGAUCGACGGUUAAUCUGAAGCCGUCGAACGAUUUGUGCAGCUACCGGAAGGCGUUUGGUUUGGUCGACGCGGAUGAAGGGGUUGGACUGGGUGGGGGUGCUGGAUUGGAUGACGAUCGUAUGGCCGGAACGGCAAGAACCAGUCUUGGCUGGUUGCGUGUAUUAACGCAGUGUUUCAGCGUUACUAUCUACUACGCCGAUCAGCAGCUGGCGAAUCGUGUGAUAGCGGCAGCAAACGAGGUGACUGGGUUUAUGGAGGCUUGCUGUGCGUUACUCAACAUUGCACCAAACAGUCCGAACAAUACUCUACAAAAUUUGGAAACCGUACUGCUAAAACUUGGACUACAUAGCCGUGAGAUGGGCUUGCGGUUGAUAAACACGCUCCUGCGGCAAAGCAUUCCCCAGACGUUUCAGCUUACGAACGACUCCAUCUCUGAUUUGCUCUAUCAGCUGUGCACGAUGCAGAACGAGCACACGCGUGAUCGUUUGCAGGCCAUGCUGGAGUGGGUGCUGACGUUGUACGAACGAUACCAGCAGAACAUUACGAUGGGAACAGCGGGCGGAAGUACACUAAAUCAGCACCGAUUGGCACUCCACUCUACAAAUCCAUACAGCGGCUUCGUACGUUGUUUGGCCGCUAUUCUCUGGCAGGUGUUCGCCACCGAUCUCAUACCUGAUCUGCUCGAAAUGGUCACCCGGGAGCUGUUUGAUGUGCUGUUCAGUUGGCUGCAGGAGCUUCGGCAGCAGGAAUGCGCUAGCGGCAGUGGUCCUUUGAAGAAAGCGAUCGACACUCUGCUCUGUUCGGUUUGCUGUAUUCGGCCGGAGUUUUUCACCAUGCUGCUGCGACGGAUGGGUGUGUUGGUGCCGAACCUUUCCACUGAUCUGACCGCAUCAAUUUCGGACGAUCGUAAGGACGGUGAGCGGCGAACGGACGACAGCAAGCAGGAAGAGUCGGACACGACCGAAUGGUAUAGCCAUCUGGUGAUAGAGGAUAUUGCAUGUCUGGACCUAUCGAGCAGUCAACUGGCAACGAUAGCGAUGGCCAGCCAGUCUCCACUCGCUGUACAGCAGUUGAUCGAUUCGGGAUUGCCGAAACUAUUGAAUUCUGUCAUACUGGAGUUUUGCCGUCGCGCUACGAACGGCUGUGCCGAACGACUACGCCGUGGUGUCCCACACCUCUCGAAAGCUGAAUGUUCAUCAGCUAGUGCAUCAGCGGAUGGUUGCUUGACGGAUGCCGACAAAUGGAGCGGUGGAGAAUCGUCCGAAAACGCCACAAAUCUCCCAAUGGUAAACAUUCACAAGGUUACGGAAAUUCUGACCUUCUUCACGGAUAUGUGCUCCGAGGGUCACAUGCGCGAUUGGUUGGGGAGUCACGAGGGCGCAAUUUUCUGGGAACCACUGUUGCUGCUGCUGUGCAACAACCAGCUUGCGAACGUGACACGCGAUAUAACGACACAGUCGUGCCUCGAGCUGGAAGAGUGCUUCAUCAAGUUCCUGUCGCGUGUGACGAGCUGCCAUCCGAAAAAUCAGGAAGUCCUGACAAUCAACCUGAUCUCAGUGAUACGCAAAUCAGACCCCGCCGAAGAAGCGAUGCAUAGCGGCGGUACUGAUGGAGGUGCUGCACCGUUGACCUCUGGCAAUCUGGCGGCAGGAAGUUUAUCGCGGAACUGUAUUUCCGGUUUCACUCGCCGUUUGCUGUUGCAGAUUCUGCUCGAAAGCGAAAAGAUAAUGGUGGCGGUGCGUAGUGAUCUGCCGCUGUUACAAAGCAAGGAAGCAUCCGGUUGUGGUGGUACGAUUGGACUAGGAGCAGGUGGCGGAUUGUACAAUUCGAUCGCCAACCAUCCUUCAAAGCGACCGAACGCACAUCUGAUGCUGUUCCAGCUGAGCACCAAUGCCAAAUGCCAGGAUAUUUUGGACCAGUGUGCUGCUGCCGUUUACCAACCAAUUUUACCGUCUGCCGUGUCAGCUUCCUCGUCAGCUUCGUCUGCUUCACAGCCAUCGGUUGUGGCAGCUGCUGCCGCUGCUUCUACAACAUCAUCCAAUGCCCCUAUCGGUGACUUGUCGGUGCUAUCUGCACCAAAUGUGACCAGCGGUCAGCCGGCCAUGAGUUCGUCCUCUGCCGGUGGAUCGCAGGGCAGCAACGCACAAAGCUGCCGAGACAGCGAACUGUGGGAGCUGGGAAUGGGGCUUGAGUUCCUAAGCGUUGCGGCAGGAGUCACGGCGAAAGAUAAGCGGCUAAAGGAGGCCAAAAACCAAGCAACAACAAUGCGUCGAAAAGAUUUGAUGUCCAUGUUCAAAAUCAAAAUGGAUGACCCCAAGCUGUCCGUUCCGGAUGGUAUGUUCCUGACGCACUCGGCCGUACCGGAAGUAAUUAUAACGAGUGAUACAACCAUCUCGCAGCUGCUGACCAUGCUGAAGUCCGCCGGCAUAUCGCUCUCCAUACCGUGCAUCAAUCUAAACUUGAUUGAUGCCAAAAAUAAACCACCAGCCGAUGCAUCGGUUGGCGAAUCGUCAUCGUCGGGAGCGGGAUCAUCCGCGUUCAUGCGCGCAACCGAGUUUCUACCCUUACCGUCACCGCUGCAGAUAUUCUCCAGCCGUGGCGGUCUCUCACUACUAGCGCACUAUCUACCGACCGUGUAUCCCGAGAUGCCGAAGAGUAGCGUCCACUACUUGGACAAGGAUCGUAGUCCGCCGGGAGGGACAGGAGUGGGAAGCGCCGGUGCCGGGAGUGAAUGGGUAAAGCUCGAACAGAUGGACGAGAUCUAUGAAGAUGUAGAUGAUGUGCCGGAUUCUUCCCCGAAAGCGCAAUCGAUUACCGCGAUUCCACAACAUUCGCUCGCUGCCUUUGCACUGUUCCUAAAGCUUCCGGCCUAUUCGGAAGUCCUGCUUAACGAUACCGUCCGGGCACAGUGUUUGCUGCGCCUGAUACUGGGCGUUACCAGCGACGGCGAGGGUAACGAAAUCUACAGUCUGCCUCUGUCCAACACAUUGCCCACGUUGCCGUUUGAAGUGUUCCGGCAGCUGCUAGAAUCGUCCCCACUCACAACGGACGAUGGUGUGCUGCUCCGCCGUAUGGUGAUUGAAGUCGGUGCGAUACAUUUCGUGCUAAACUGUCUCAGCAUCUUCACCCAUCACAACAACAGUGGCUCGAUACGAUCAGGCGCAACGACAGCAUCCGUGCCGGUUAGCACUAGUAGUACCGGCAGUGGUACUGCUAGCGCAUUCAUCUCGCUAUUCCAAGGAAUAACGAACGUAGGUGGCACCAAUAAAUCUUCGUCCACCAUGACUGGCCACGCAACCGCCAAUAGUACAGAGGAUCAGCUGAAUGCCGACGAUAAAGGGCAUAUGUAUUGGGCUAAGGGUACCGGAUUUGGUACUGGUUCAACGCAACAAUCGUGGAACGUGGAACAAGCUCUUAUGCGACAGAAAAGCGAGGAAGAACAUGUUACCGUGCUGUUGCAGGUACUAUCGAGUUACAUUAAUCCUGGCUGCAAUAGCUAUGUGAUCAGCUCGGGCACGGAAGAUUUGCACAACUUUAAGGAUUCGUUUGAAUCGGUCGGCGAUCUACCACCAAUCUUUCUCGAUCUCAUCCAGCAAAGCUGUCUCAUUCCCGCCCUAAGUUCCUAUUUGCGCAACGAUUCAGUGUUGGACAUUACGCGUCAUAUUCCACUGUAUCGCGCCAUUCUGCAGCUGCUGCGAGCCAUUGCCGUGUCAAACCAGCUGGCGAUGCUGCUGGUGAAUAAGAAUUCCAGCGAAAGUAAACUGUGUAUUGCUGGGCUGCUGUCAAACAUGAAAGCCUGCGUGGAUACUUAUGCUAGUCGAUUGAAGGUGAAUAAAAAAUCCAACUUGAAAGGACAGACCCAAAAAAUUAUCGUCUCCUUGGACGAUGGAGAUGAUGAAGGUUUGGCGCUGAUGAUGCAUGACAUUCAACUUACCUCGUUGCUGGUGCAGAACGCUACCAACAUGGACACGACGAGUGCGGCUGACGAGAGUGAAAAGCAAACGAUUCCACGGCCGAUCGCAAAGUCGGUUGAAGACAAGUAUUUGGAAAUUAUGAAAGCACUGCAAUUCGACACCUAUGAGAUGAUUGCAGAGUCAGAAAAUGGCUAUCGGUUUACGAUAUCACAUCACUUUGAAACGAACGUUCGCAUGGCAGGGGAUCGUGGUCAUCCGGGGCGAGUGAAACGGUUGGCACAGGAAACGGUAACUCUCUCCACUAGCUUGCCCCUGUCGUACAGCAGCUCGGUGUUUGUGCGUUGUGACACCGAUCGGUUGGAUAUCAUGAAGGUGCUAAUAACUGGACCGGCCGAAACGCCGUACGCAAACGGUUGCUUCGAGUUUGACGUUUACUUCCCACCGGACUAUCCCAACUCGCCAAUGAUGAUUAAUCUGGAAACGACCGGCCGCAAUACCGUUCGUUUCAACCCGAACCUGUACAACGAUGGCAAGGUUUGCUUGUCGGUGUUGAACACAUGGCACGGCCGACCGGAAGAAAAGUGGAACGCACAUACAUCCAGCUUCCUUCAGGUACUGGUGUCCAUUCAGAGCCUUAUUCUGGUGCCCGAACCAUACUUCAACGAGCCCGGAUUUGAGCGGAGCCGAGGGACACCAACCGGUUCGCACAGUUCCCGGGAGUACAACAGUAACAUCUAUCAGGCGUGCGUACGGUACGCGAUGCUGGAGCAGCUGCGUCAUCCGUGUCCCUGCUUCCAGGACGUCAUUCAUGCGCAUUUCUGGCUGAAGCGCAAUGAAAUUUGCAACCAGAUAGAGGAAUGGAUUGCCGAACUGAGUCAUCCGCUGCAGCACGAGCGUACGGGGCGAACGAUAUCGUUCAAUGCGAUGGUACUGCGCCGUCAGUACAAACAGUUGCGCGAAGAGCUUGCCAAGCUGACACCACCGGAAGGGCUGGAAGAGGCGGACUAUCCGUUCAAUGCCGGAAGCAACAUUACUCCUACCACCGCAACAGGUGGAUCUACGACUGUCACUGCUACUGCUCUUCCCACCUGUCCGGCCGGAUCGUUGAUGCACUCUUCCUCGUCCUGUUCGUCCUCAUCAUCCUCAACGUCCUCGUCGUCCUCUAGCUCGUCGUCCAGCUCGUCAUCCUCGUCGUCCACUUCAUCGUCAUCGUCGAACUCGUCAACACACAGCCAGCAGCAAGCCAUCGUGACGAACGUGACUGACAGCAGCGCAAUGGAGGGUGGUGAUGGUUCCGAGAGCGUUAUGCUUGAAGAAACCGAUGGUGUUUCGAGCAGCGUCGAGGAUGUCGCUGGCGUGAAGGAGGACACGCGGGACGGUGGGAUGAUGACGGAAGAGGUAGCCGUCGUAUUUAGCGAUCAUUCCGAAGAUCAAGGUAGCGAAACUGGCAAUGUUGUUCAUACCGUAACUGGUUCUGGAGGCGGUGGUGGUGGUGAUUGCAGUGAAUCUUCAUCCAGUGGCAGCAGCAUCGUGACGGGCGUUUCGGCAGGUUCUGUCGACAGUAGCGAAUCGACUGCCAUUACGGGUGGUCUGUCCGAGGAGACGGCCGGAUCGAAUCAACUACCGACGACUGCCGACGACGACAUUAGCAGUAUCAACAGUAUCGAGAAGCCAAUCGGUGGAGGUGCCAAAAGUGUGCACGAAUCCCUGGACGAUGAGGCUGAUCUUUCGCUGGAAGAGAUGGCACUGUCAAUGGUUUAAGGUAUGCA